GUUAUCCUGGUGAACGAGAUUAUUUGAGUACUUCGAAUACAGCAGAAUGCUUCAGGUCCUCUAGACGAAGACUACGUAACCAUGACAACCCAUUAGUAGUUUUUCCAACGUCUGACAUGCCCUAUGAAAGACCGUCGUGGACAAAAUAUGAGAUAGAGACUACAGGAGCACGAGGAACAGAAGGUUAUGUACAUACAACGGUUCCAGCAAGCUACUCCACUCCUUCUCUCUCUAGGAAACCGGAUCCACUUUGGUAUGACAGCGAACCCAGAAGUCCCUCAACCAGAUUUCCUGAAAACACUGCGGAAGACAAAAGUAUAGCUAGAAUAGCACAAACGUUUCCCAUGAAUAACGACAGAUCCUGUAGAAUACGACGUCAAAACCGCCCAACAACAAACACCUUUCUGGACUUUUUUUCCUCAACAACAGACUUGGAGAUACAACCAAAUCGCACCGAAUUCACAGCAGACAUGCCAAUUCUUCCCGAUGUGUCGGCUCGUUCACGCAAACUCUUGAACGACCUAGGCAGUGCUCCUCUUCUUGGACAUAGUUCUCGCUCAUCACAAAGAAACUUCGGACAACAUGACCGGUCCAGGGGUUACCUCGGAAAAGGGAUGAUCAAAUGGGAACAUGGAGAGGAGAAUGUUCAAGUAAGAAGACCUUCCAAAUACAACUUUCCCGUUAAAAGAAUCCUACUGACGAGGGAUCGGUUCACAAAGGCGGGCAAUGGAUUUGGUUUGGAAAUAGUUGGAGGGAAAGACGUUCCUGACAGCAAAGGGGAAACGGGGGCAUACGUUGCCAAGAUUUACUCGAACGUCAUGGUUGGUACUUUAGGGGAAGUUACAGAAGGCGACCAGGUUUUAGAAUGGAAUGGAAUUACUUUGAACAGAAGAACGUAUGAAGAAGUUAAAAGAAUCAUUGCCUCUUCUGAAGAUGAGGUGGAGAUGGUUAUACGAAGUGAUUUAAAUGUCUUCAAACCACAGGAAGUAAGCCACGGACAGCGCCAUACCCCCAGUCGUGGGCAGAGUCACAACAAGCGUGGCUCCAGCAGGAGAGCAAGAGGCCACGAAGGGCUCUCCUCAGAAAGUCACUGGCAUAGAGAAGGUCCUAACUACUGGGGCAUGUGGGAUCACAAAAAUCACAUUUGUGAUCGCUUAGACUCUCCUGUGGACAAUGUCAACGUUCACAGAGAUGGUGCCAUCCACUCAUUCGCAUCACAUGACCCAGAAACAGCCAAUCACAGUCGUCUUCCACUGUCUACUUCAACCUAUCAAGUCAUGUCGGGUUCCCGAGCACCAAAACACGAGUCAUCUCGCGACAGCCCUACAGCCGAUGAGCGGGCUUAA